AUGCAUCGCGUAUUUGUGCAGACGGCGCGCUUGAGUACGAGUGCGCCGCGUCUGGCCUUUAAGGAAUUCUCAAUGCCAGCGAUGAGCCCGACGAUGGAACACGGGAAUCUGGGUCAGUGGAAAGUGAAGGAAGGUGAUACAUUUGCCGCAGGAGAUGUCAUUUUGGAAGUCGAGACAGACAAGGCCAUGAUGGAUGUCGAGGCGCCUGACGAUGGUCUUAUGGCGCGCAUUUUGAAGCCUUCAGGCUCGAAGGAUAUCCCCGUGAAUGAAGUGAUAGCUAUUUUGGCUGACGAAGGCGAUGACAUAUCGCAAGCACCAGGAGCAGAAGAUGUGAACAAGGGAAAAAGUGGAACGUCGACAUCAUCGUCGUCACCGUCGUUCUCCUCUUCCUCCUCUGCCUCACAGCCCACAGAAAGUCAUAAACGCGAAUCACCGAGCGAAACGGCAUCCCAUGCCCAACGUAAUACACAUGUACACGUAACGAAGCCGACCUUCCCAUCAGUGUUGCGCCUGGCACACGAAAGGGGAAUUUCUGACCCAGAGUCUAAGAUUAGUGGCACCGGCCGUCACGGGAUGAUCACAAAGGGUGAUAUCCUUGCAUAUGUGGGCGAAACAGGCUCAGCCUUUGGCACGGCGUCGCCACACCACACGACCAUUUCCGAGUUGGGAGAUGGCAAAACACGCGAAUCGGGAGAAAAGCUGACAAACCAAGCAUCCCCUCCGAAGCAACUGCGUGUCGACGAGCAGCGCAGCAUGAUCAUCUCAGGAUUGGCGGCCAUGGCGGCAGCAUCGCGCAAGACCACCAAAGAGACGAAGCAAACGAGGCGCAUAGAGUUUGCAGAUAUCGUCCAGCAAUAUGUGCCGCGCAAAGACAUGGAUACUGCUACGCACGAUAAGAAGAACCGAGCUGGAUCCUCGGCUUCAACGAGCCUACAAACAAUUUACGAACAGCUGUGGAAGUAG